AUGCCGACACAAUUUAUUCGUAAUCGCAGUGCGUUUCCACACGGAACUUCGUCGAAUAUCGACGAUGUUCACAUUUAUAACGAUGGUAAGUAUAUGGCGAUGAAAUUGAUUGAUAAAACGUGUUUUUUCUUCAGAUUUUUUCUCCCAACAACCAAUGUCAUCAGGAGGAUAUGAAGAUUCAUCAAAUAUUUCACCUCCUAUAAUAUCUGGAAAAUCUAAUAAUGAUCCGCUGGCGGGUGCUUUGUUGGGAUUAGCAGAGUAAGUGAUAAUUCCAACGAACUUUAUCUGAUCUCAUCAAUUUCAGUGUUAUAACAAAAACUGUAAUUUCACAUCCUUGUUCUGUGAUUCGUCGACAAUGUCAAGUUCAUCAAUUUGCCAAUUCAUUACAUUUAACUCCAGUAACAUUGGUUCCUGUUAUUUGCAAUUCUGUAGCAAAAGAAGGAGUUCUAACAUUUUGGAAAGGAGCAAUUGGAACAAGUGUAUUAUGGGGUUUGGCAAAUGUGAGUGAAAUUGUAAUUGGAGAUUUAUUGGGUUUACCAAGAACGUAUGUUGUGAAUGGAAGUUCCGAAAAGUAUUGGAGGCAUAUUUUUUUGAAAGCAACUACUUUUGCAGUUAUGACACCAUUUUAUAUUUCAUCAUUCAUUGAAACCGUUCGAGUAAGUUUUUUAUUUUCAUGGAAAACUUUAACGUUCUACUGUUUGAUUUCAGAGUGAAUCAGGGAUUGGUGCUGAAGAAAACAAAGUUCUCGAUGUUCUUGUAAAAGGUGUUGAUCGUAUGCGAUAUCUUAUUUCUUCUGGUCGAGAUCCAUCAAAGAAAUUCAGUGUCAUUCAUCUUGCUAUUCCAACAACAGGUUUUCAGUAGGUUUUCAAGCCUUUUCUAACUUAUCUAUCUAACGUUCUUUUUGUUUCCAGAGUUUUGCAUUAUAUGAUCCAAACAGCAUUAUAUCAUACAUUUUUCAAAAUGGCCAAAAACUAUGUGGUAAAUAUCAUUUUGUCAAACUGAAUGCUCAAAUCAACAAAUUUUACAGAGUAGAAAACCACCACAAGAAAAAACAACAUUUCAUGAUUUUGCUCCACAAUUAUUUGCCCAAAUGUCUUCAACAAUUCUUACUGAUCUAAUUCUUUAUCCAAUUGAAACCAUUUUACACAGAAUGUACAUUCAAGGUUUGUUCAUUCUACAUCAAAAGUCUUUUAUUUCCAGUACAUUUUGUUUAGGAACAAGAACACUAAUCGAUAAUAUGGAUACGGGAUUUUCUGCAGUUUCACAAACUGUGAAAUAUAAUGGAUUUGUUGAUUGCGCAAAACAAAUUAUGGAAAAUGAAGGAUUUUGGGCACUUUAUGCUGGAGUUGGAGCUGUAUUUUUGGAAUAUUUAUUGAAUUCAGGGCUUCAACAAAUUGUUCGAGCAUGUUUUGAUCGAGGAUCUGAAAUACUUCGAAAAGCAACUGAAGGGCAUCCGAUUGGUCAAAUAACUCCACCAAUUUCUGCGAAGUCCAGUUUUCAGGGGCCACUUUCUGGACCUUUUGCACAAGUUUCUCCAAUCGCAACACCAAGAAAGUGAGCUUUUUGCUGAUAUACAUGUAUUUUCAAAAAUCUUUUAUUUUUUUUGAAGACAAACAACAACUCCACCAAGAGAUCCAACCGAAUUCCCAACAUUUGGUGAAACUGUUAGUCAAUUGAAUAGUCCAUUUCAUCAAGGUUCAAAUACAACAUUUGGUACAUCAAAUCGACAAAAUGUAUUUGGAAGUCCACCAAAUCGGUGAGUGCAAAAAAACGAUAUUUCGCAAUAUUUUUUGUUCUCGAAAUUUACAUUAUGACGUCAUAAUAAUCACCCAACAUAAGUCUGUGGUGAAUACAUGAAUAUCUUUCUUUCUGUCUUUUUAUGUCUUCAUAUUUCUUUCUCUCCUUCUCUAUCUAAUUAUUUGUUAUUUUUUGCAGUUCCCGCGCAAUUCACCCAUCAAUGUCACCUGGUCCGUCUGGUGAUACAACAAACAACGCUUUGCCACCAUUACGUCUUAAUACAGACCAUGAUCCAUUCAGUGGUUAA